UGCUCGGGAGGGCCGGCAUGGCUCUUGCGAGCUGCUGGGAGCCAGCCAGGAGAAAAAGCGCCGACCCGAACAUGUCCAGCUGGCACACGGCGUGCUCACAGCAACACAUGCUUUCAAGUCGUACCUGGAAUUCGCAAUGGCUUGCAUUAGCAAUGCGGGUAAGCGAUACAUAGCUGGUUGUUGGGCGGAGCGACUAAUAAGUGUGACGAGCAUGAUCACGAUUGACGACAAAAAGCAAAUCUGGAGAAAAGCAAAGCUUGCCGAUGGCGUUGCACAGACGCCGACUGACUGUAAACCUUGGAACCCCCGUCGUGGCGGCUUGAGACACAAAGGGUGUCGAACCUUAUGCAGCUUCGAGGCCCAGGUCACCGUCCUACCAAAACGAUGUCUGCACAGCAUAUGCAUCUGCACCGUUAUCUAUUACCUUCCGCCAGCCGCCAUUGACGUUGUUCUCCAGCAAUGCAUGCUGAAAGUGCAUGUAGCUACUCACCCUGCCUGCAACGCGAUCUCCUCAAGCCUCGCACGGUCAUCCUCCUGCUCACGACUGUGGCAGGCUGUACGCCCAGCCAGGCAGCAAACCACCGUUGCUUCUUUGAUCCCGCUUCUCCGCAAUUCGUCUAUCACAACCUAUUUAUGGGUGGCAAGGUCGAGCUCGUCGAUGAUGGGAUGGAAGAGGAAAGGCUCGGCAGUGAAGAGGCGUCGACUUGCCCCUGCAUAGCUAGUAGGCUCCCAAAACGGGCGUCGCUAGGUCGAUUGGCCGCCAACAGCGGAUGCAUAUCAAAUUGAAGCUU